AAUUACCAUCACUGUAGUCGGACGCCAUUGAUUGUGUAUAUUAUAAUAAUAAGCGGAAGAAUUGUAUUUAUUGUCUAAAAUUAAAAUAAACAAAAAUUUGGAAUGUCUUUGCAAACCUAUGGAGAUAAGCCGGUGGCUUUUCAACUGGAGGAGGGAGGAGAAUAUUAUUAUGUGGGUUCAGAAGUUGGUAAUUAUAUGCGACUCUUUCGUGGUAUAUUGUAUAAAAAAUACCCCGGCAUGACGAGAAUUGUGUUGUCAAAUGAAGAACGCAAACGCUUAGCAGAUUCCGGCUUAAGUCCACAUAUUUUAGCCAGUUCCGUGUCACUGCUCAGGGCUUGUGAGGUGGAUGAUAUAAUACAAGGCAAUGAUGAAAAAUAUCGAGCCAUUUCGGUAAAUACCACAGAUGCUCCAUUGCCACGUGAAAGUAAGUCGAAGAAACAACCCCAAUAUGUGCCCACAAUGCCAAACUCGAGUCAUUUGGAUGCGGUACCACAGGCCACUCCCAUAAAUCGUAAUAGAGUACAUACCAAGAAAGUUCGUACAUUUCCAAUGUGCUUUGAUGAUACAGAUCCCACAGCUAAUUUGGAAAAUGCAUCACAAAAGGAAUGUCUGGUUCCCAUACGUUUGGACAUGGAGUUGGAGGGCCAGAAGCUACGAGACACUUUCACUUGGAACAAAAACGAAAGCAUGAUUACACCCGAACAAUUUGCCGAAGUUCUAUGUGAUGAUUUGGACUUGAAUCCAAUUCCAUUUGUUCCAGCUAUUGCCCAGGCAAUUCGUCAGCAAAUCGAGGCAUUUCCCAGUGAGCCGCCGAUAAUAGAGGACAGUUGUGAUCAGCGGGUUAUUGUAAAGCUAAACAUACACGUUGGAAAUACUUCUUUAGUGGAUCAAAUUGAAUGGGAUAUGUCAGAAAAGAAUAAUAAUCCCGAGGAGUUUGCUAUCAAACUUUGUGCUGAAUUGGGUCUUGGUGGUGAAUUUGUAACCGCCAUAGCAUACAGUAUUCGUGGUCAAUUGUCAUGGCAUUGUCGUACUUAUGCAUUUAGUGAAGCACCACUUUCCACAGUUGAUGUACCAUUUCGUAAUCCAAGUGAUGCCGAUGCUUGGGCACCAUUUUUGGAGACUUUAACAGAUGCCGAAAUGGAAAAGAAAAUACGUGAUCAGGAUCGUAACACUAGGCGUAUGCGACGUUUGGCUAAUACAACUACGGGUUGGUAAAAAGGGAAAAAUAACUAUAGUUUUUUAAUUUAAAAUAUAAAGAGUAAUUUACAAUACUGAAUACCAUAAGCAAA